GGGGCCUAAAGUGCCUAUGCCCUUCAGCUGGCUUCCUACAAAAAGUUCUGCGAAACAGAACAGGGAUGGCAGGUGAUUCAACCCUGCUGGCUGCUGUCUCCCUUCUCUCUGCCUGUCAGCAAAUUUAUUUUGCUUUGCAUGUUGGACGAGCAAGGUUAAAAUACAAGAUUACGCCCCCUGCAGUCACUGGGUCCCUGGAAUUUGAGAGAAUAUUUCGUGCGCAUCAAAAUUCCUUGGAGUUUUAUUCUGUAUUCAUCAUAACCCUGUGGAUGGCUGGAUGGUAUUUCAACCAAGUUUUUGCGGCUUGUCUGGGUCUCGUAUAUGUAUACGCCCGUCACAAGUACUUCUGGGGCUAUGCAGAAACUACUGAUGGAAGGAUCACUGGUUUCAAGCUGAGCCUGGGCAUUUUGGCCUUGUUGAUUGUCAUAGCUGUCUUGGGAUUAGCAAGCAGAUUCCUGGAUGAAUACCUGGACCUCCAUGUUGCCAAGAAACUGAGGCAUCCCUUCUAAGGUUUUCUCUUCCCUCCCAUGCUUGCCAAGGCUUUGGCACUCUAAAGACAACGUGAUGUCCUGUGUUA